AUGAAUGUUACAGCCUCCCAGCUCCUUAACAUCCGUGCUGGUGUCGCCGAACUCGGUGCUGAAGUCCUCGUUGGUAAGAACUCACUCAUGCGCCGUGCUGUUCAAGAACUCAAGGAAGAAAUGCCAAGCCUUCAGCAGCUCAAAAAGCAUCUUUAUAAUGGUGCUGGCCUUAUCUUCACAAACGGCAACUUCAAGGGCAUCAAGGACGUCAUUGAUGCUAACUGCCUUGGUUCAGCUGCUAAGGUUGGUGCUAUCGCCCCAUGCGAUGUCACACUUUAUCCACAGCGCACAUCCAUGUCACCAAAUGAUAUCAAAAUGCUCCACGCUCUCAACAUCCAGUGUAAGAUUUUCAAGGGCACAAUCGAAAUCACUGGUGAGAAGCAACUCAUUUGGGCUGGCCAGAGAGUCGGUGCUUCUGAAGCCAACAUCCUCAACAUUCUCGGCAUCAUGCCAUUCAAGUACACACUCAAGAUCGAAGCCCUCUUCGAUAACGGAAACAUGUAUGAUCCAUGCAUUCUUUCCAUCACCGAUCAGGUCCUUGCUGAGAAGUUCAACUCUGGUCUCCGCAAAGUUGCUGGCCUCUCACUCGCUGUUGGCUAUCCAUGCGCUGCUUCUGCUCCACACCUUAUCGGCGGUGCUUUCAAGGAUAUUGCUGCUAUUGCUAUCGCAAUCGAGCACAAUAUGAAGCAAAUCGAGGACCUCCAGAAGUUGCUUUCCGAUCCAGAGGCUCUUGCUGCUGCCGCUAAGGCCGCUGCAGCUUCCGCUCCAGCUGGUGGCGCCGCUCCAGCAGCUCAAGAAGAACCAGUCCAGGAAGAAGCCGCUGCACCACUUGAUCUUGGUGAUAUGUUCGAUUUCUAA